UGAAGAGCUCGCGAUGGCUUUUAUCACGCCCAAUUUCACUGUAAAUGAAUGAAGACUAAUCUGCGCGACCAAUUGAGAUCAUAUCGUGUGUGAGAAGUGAUGGAAAAUUGCCACGGCAAGUUAUCAUUCUUCAGCAGAGCAUUUAUGAGGAGAGUCAGCAAAGUUCAGUGACUCUUCAGGUGAACAAGUCUGGAAAUUCAGCAGUCGAAUGAACAAUUCUCUCUCACGGGAAAUUGGGCACAUUAGAAUAUUCAUUUGCACAGCAUUUUGAGUGCAAAGAUCCGCCACAUAAUGGUUGAAAUAAAUGCAUUCUUUGCGAGAGUGUUCAGGAAAGUUCCGGCUCGUCUCAACAUUGGAUUUAUGCUGUUUCUGGGAUGCUUCAUCACUUACAUGGUGAGGGUGAACAUGUCAAUUAACAUCAUUGCAAUGGUGGAGCCGCAGAACAGCAACGAAACGCUGCCCGAUUAUGGGGAUCGGUAUCCGUGGAAUGCUAAUGAGCAGGGACUGCUCUUGGGCGCGUACUUUUGGGGAUACUUCUUCACCUCGAUUCCUGGAGCCUACUUGACGGAGUACUUUGGUCCGAAGAUCGUCACUGAAGUCGCCUUCAUCGGCUGCGCCGUGAUCACAGCCCUGAGUCCGCUGGCGGCAAGUGGAGGAUUUGGGACGAUGUACGCCGCCAGAUUCCUCACAGGUUUCCUGUCUGGACCGCUCUAUCCCUGCUUCCACAACCUGAUCUCUCGCUGGGCGCCACCCGAUGAGAAGGGAAAGUACGUGGCGAGUCUCCAGGGCGGCACAUUGGGCACGAUCUUCACGUGGCAGAUGAUCGGCUUCCUCGUGGAGGCGAUCGGAUGGUCCUGGGGAGGCUUCUACGUGCCCUGCUUCAUCAUCAUCCUCGCCACUGUGAUAUGGUUCGUCUUGGCGGCCGAUCGUCCAGACACACACCCCAGAAUCACGCCCGAAGAGAAAGAAUACAUCGAGAACAGCCUGGGAGACACAGUGUCGAAUGAGAAGCGAUUCCCGCCUUACCUCAAACUGAUAACGUCCGUGCCGUUCUUAUCACUCCUGGUGCUGCACUACGGCAACCUGUGGGGUCUCUACUUUCUUCUCACGGCCACGCCGAAGUUCAUGAGUGAGAUUCUGGGAUUCAAUCUCGGCACCACUGGCGUGUUGUCGUCGCUGCCCCAAAUCGCCAGGAUGCUUUUCAGUUUCGUUUUUGGCAGCAUUGGCGAUGUGAUCAAGAGACGAGGAUGGCUUCGAGUCACAGUCAUGAGAAAAUUCUUCUGCAUCUUCUCUCACAUCAUUCCCGGACUCUUCCUCAUUGGACUCUGCUUCGUUGACGAGCCCUACACUUGCGUGGCAAUGAUAAGUCUGUCUCUGGGCUUCAAUGGAGCUUCUGUGCUCACGAAUCUGGCGAACAACCAAGAUUUGGCGCCAAAUUUCGCCGGCACUCUCUAUGGCAUUGUGAACUGUAUUGGCACAACCACAGGCUUCCUCACGCCUCUUCUCGUGGCCCAUUUCACCAGAUACGAGAACACGUUCGAAAACUGGCGGUACGUCUUCAUGAUCGGCGCUGGAGCUUACAUUGUGCCAGCAAUUCUGUUCUUCUUCCUCGGCUCAGGCCAAGUUCAGCCGUGGAAUUCCCUGGAGAGACCCGCCAAAAGUGAGGAGGAAAGCAAAUAGCACAGUCAAUCAUCAUGUCAACUAAGGCAGAAUCGUGAGAACAAAUGGUGAUAAAAAAGCUCAUACCCAGAAAUAUCAUUAGAUAUUGAUGUAGUUAAAAUAUUUGCAAUCACUGCGGUCUUUUCGGGGUCUUUCUGUUGUCAUUUCGUAGCCACAAGGCAAAUACAAUCGGAAUUUCUGUCUUGCGGCUAUGGAAAAUCACUGGAUGAAGAGUUGCGAACAUUUUGGAACCAUCGAAAUGAACAUUUCCCCAUCAGAUGGACCAAAAAACACACUGAUUUAGACAUUGAAAGCUUCCAUUAUACAUAUAUUUCUUGCAUUUGAAAAGUUCAAUUUGCGAUUCUUCACUUUAUUAAUUUUGUGAUUUUUCUAUGGUGAAAAUAUUCCAAUUUUAGGGAUUAUGUUUACAAUUGAGAAAAAUGAAUUGUCGUUGAUUUAUUGUUGGCGGUUAUUUAAAGCGUUGUGCAAAUUAUUGCAAUGUUUAGCAGAGUUCAAUUAUGCCAAGACAGAGAAAAAGAAUGAAGUAAUAUUUUACCACAAAAUAUGAUUUUAUACAACAUUCAAACACUUUAAAAGUGCACAGAUUUGAUAAAUAUGUAUGUAAUCACAGAUAUAUGGAAAUUCUUACCAUUUUUUCUCUCAGUGUGCAUUUCGGUUUUUAUAUAGAAAAUUAUGAAAUUGUUUAUUGCAAAUCCAUCACAGCAAAUACAAAACAUUUCUCUGCAAUGCUAAGUAUUUAAUGUUAUGUUUUUAUAGUUUAAGAAAUCAUUAAAUAAAAAUUGUUGUGAAUUCUGAAA